AUAGUAAAUUGGAGAAUUCAAUUUGGCUUAAUUGUGUGUGGUUAAGUGAUUUAAAUACAAUAUAUUCUUAAGCUGUUAACCUGACCUCAUAGUAUCCUGGCAGUAUUGAUUUUAUUGAGUAAGUGAGAGUAAUGGUGGAGCAUCAGCAUAAACAUGUGACGUAUUGUUUAUGUGUUGGACUACAACCUAGCCCAUGCGCUAGGGGAAGUAUUGUAUCCUCUUUCAGCCAUGUGGAUUGUUGACUAGUCAUAAGUAAGGUCACUGAUAUUUAGCAAGUGGAGCAUGACAGAUUGAACUAUUUUACUCCAGGUAGUGGAACAGGUUAUAUACCUGAAGUAUCAAGCACUGGAAACAUGUGCUCAGUGGAAGUUCAUUGACAAACAAACAAAAGACAGCAGCGGGUUUUUGUGUGUUGUUGUUAUCUCAGUGACUGUGAAUACUGUGCUCAAUAUAACAGGGGAAAUUUAUAGCACCACGUGGACGGGGAAAGGUAUUUGUUGUCAUUCAUAGAAUUCGUUUGUGGAGAAGGCAUGGGGAACUCUCAGUCUAUCGAUCUGAUUGUGGAUCCUGCUAAUCAGAGUGAAAUAACUGAUAAAAAUGAAAGAUCACGAAUGUCAAAGCUCUGUAAAAAUGGAAAGUACCUCUGUGAAUAUGAGGACGGCGAAGUGAAGACUCUGUAUGAUGCUUUCAAAAGGGGAGCAAGAGUAUCAAAUAAUGGAGAGGCCUACGGAUGGAAACCCAGCCCCUCAGAACCAUUCCAGUGGAUCUCCUACAAUGAUGUCUUAGUUCGAGCUGCCAAUGUUGGUGCUGGUCUUAUAGCUAAAGGACUCAAGCCAGAAAACACAACAAAUGUCGGCAUUUAUUCCCAAAACAGGGUUGAGUAUGGGAUCACAGAACAAGCCUGCUAUAUGUAUUCCAUGGUCCUUGUGCCGCUCUAUGACACAUUGGGACCAGAGGCGUGCACACACAUCAUCAACCAAGCUGAGAUUAAGACUGUGGUCUGUGAUAAGAAUGUGAAGGUCAAGGCCAUACUGAAUCGAAUCAAGGAGACGCCCGACCUAGAGAGCAUAAUCCUGGUGGAGGAACCUUCCGACGAGAUGAAGGAGCUGGCACAAAAACACAACAUUGACCUCACAUCCUUCGCCGAGUUAGAGGCACUUGGUGAGAAGAAUCCACAAGAACCAAAACCUGCCAAGCCGGACGAUUUGUGUGUUCUGUGCUACACCAGUGGGACCACAGGUUUACCAAAAGGUGCCAUGUUGACACACAGAGGAACAAUGGCUACUGUUGUGGCAGCUGGGGCCGUGCUGAAACCUGGUGGCAUAGACAUCUCUCCAGAAGACACACUUAUAUCAUAUCUUCCACUUGCUCAUUCAUACGAAAGGUUACUCGAGUGCUACUGUGUGUUGAACGGAGCCAGAAUUGGGUUUUUCCAAGGAGACGUGAAGUUAUUGUUGGAUGAUAUUAAGGAGUUGCAGCCCACCCUCUUCCCAUCUGUACCAAGGUUACUCAACAGAAUCUAUGACAAGGUUAUGAGUCAAAUAAAUUCAGGAUCAGGAAUAAAAAAGAAGAUGUUUAAUAUGGCUUUAGCCAGCAAGGAAAAUGAACUGAAAAAGAGUAUAAUAAGAAAUGAUAGCCUAUGGGACAAAAUUGUAUUCAAGAAGAUUCAGGCCAGCCUCGGGGGAAAAGUGAAGCUCAUUACAACAGGAUCUGCUCCUCUGUCCCCCAAAGUACUUCAUUUCUUGAGGUGCUGCGCGGGAUGUCCUGUUGUGGAGGGAUAUGGACAGACUGAAUGCCACGCUGUCUGCUCCGUGACUUUAGUUGGAGAUCCUGAUACAGGAAAUGUUGGCCCACCACUGCCAUGUUGUGAGAUCAAAUUGGCUGAUGUGGAGGAGAUGAAUUACUAUGCAAAAGACAACAAAGGGGAGGUGUGUAUCAAAGGACCCAAUGUGUUCCUGGGUUACUACAGAGACCAAGCGAAGACGGACGAGGCUCUGGAUAAAGACGGAUGGCUCCACACCGGAGACAUCGGACAGUGGCUGGAGAAUGGUACUUUGAAGAUCAUUGACAGAAAGAAGAAUAUUUUCAAAUUAGCACAGGGUGAAUACAUUGCUCCUGAGAAGAUUGAAAAUGUCUACGUGAGAAGCCCAUUAGUGGCACAAGUCUUCAUUCACGGAGAAAGCUUGAAAUCGAGUUUGGUGGGUGUGGUGGUACCUGAUCCUGAAGUGUUACCUGGCUGGGCUAAGACAAACCUCCAUGUGACGCAGACAAUGGAAGAAUUGUGUGCAAACCCAGAUGUUAAGAAGCAAAUAAUGACCGAUUUAACCAACAUUGGAAAAACUGGAGGACUCCAUUCAUUUGAACAGGUGAAAGACAUAUUCCUAUAUCCUGAGCAGUUUUCUGUGGAAAAUGGACUUCUAACGCCAACAUUCAAAGCUAAAAGACAUGAAUUGAAACUAAAAUUCAAAUCAGAAAUUGAUGAGAUGUACAAAAAUCUAGUGUAAAAGAAUGAUUAUCUUAGAAUCUAUACAAAAUAUUAUAGAGUGGAGAUUUAAUUGCAUGGCAAGGUUUGCUUACCUUACUCGGGUCAUCUGCCAGAUAUAAAACAGUGCAUGUAG